AUCAUUGCUGUUCGGAGAUUUAUUGGAUUUUCAAGAUAUUCGGCGCGUAUACGAACCAGGACUUGACAUGCUACGCCUUUUGUAAGAACAGCAGGACGAUGUCGACGAGCACCGCCCUCGGAGGCGGUGGUGGAGGCGUUGGCGGUGCCCUCAGCUUGAUGGGUUGCGUGAGAGAGGCCUCGCCGCCCCCUCAGAACCAUCAUCAGCAUCAUCAUCAUCAGCACCAUCGCGCUUUCGGUCUCGGCGAGUUCCCGGCGACCCAGCACAGCGUCGACCCUCUACCCAAAGAACCAAAGAAGCGUCGCUUUCAUCCCCUACGCGGUCUUCGGAAGAUCUUCCGGCGAAAGAGCCGCGGAGCCGCUGAUGCGCGUUCCGUUUCCAAUUCCACUGAUCGGGAUGCCGAAUUGGCGCGUCUCCCACGGGAGGAGAUCACCAUGAGGCAUCCUGCGGGACGACCAGAGGAAGCCCGCAGCAGGAGCGCCAGUGAGCUCCUCACCGACUCUUGCGAUCGGGAAAGCGUAUUUCUCCGACGAAGCGGGGUGGAGGAUAGUUUCGUCAAGUUACGAGGAGGCGCCGGCAAAUUGUCAGUAUCUCACGAUAGCGUUUUCCCUGGAGAAGUUCCUCACACUCGGCCUCUCUCCUCGCUGGCCAGCCUGGCGACGCUCGAGCGGAGGCAGGCCAGGAAGAGUAACGAGAUCAUCGAGCACAAGGAGUACAAUCAUCAUCACGUCGCACAAAGACAUCGGAUAUCCCUUCGGGUACUCGAGCAAAUAAAAACGGUCAUAGAGAACAGGAACCAGCUGGCCUCGGCGACCUCGCCGGAUACAGCGAGUAUAGCGCACGCUGCCGGCGAGCGGUAUCAGCAGGAAACCACCGAGAAUCGCUUUGCUAUGUUCGAGAGACACGGGGAGAGAAGCAGCACGGAGGAGAAUCAGCCGGCGAAGAUUGCGAAAUCAACGAAAGAUACGCUUGAUCGAAUUGUUCCGGUGGCCAAGGAAGAUUUACCGCAACUAGAAAGCGCCAGCCUAAGCCACACUGCGGCGCAUCACCGAAUCUCUGUGCGUCCGAAGAACCGGCGUCCACCGCGUCGCACGACGACAACAUCCUCCAACAGUGGCGCACCCAGUUCGCCAUCGAUACCACCGACCAUCGCUGAGGACACCUUGGACAGUUUGGAGCAACAGGAACAAGAACAGCAACAGCUCCAAUCAAUCAGUAAUGCGCCGUCACCAACGGAGCCACCUAGGGCCAUUGGCGUGACUAGGAAGUCGUCAAGCCGAUUGUCCCGCAAUUCCGACAUCUUCGAGGAAUUGGAAUCAAAGCUGCCGCGAAAACCAAGCGCAACAUCGUUAUCGCCAGAUAGUCUGGACGCUACGACAGCGUCGCGAAGCAGUGCAGAGAUGAACAGCACUGCUACCGAGGAACAACAGGCAGAAGUCAGAUGGAUACCGGUCGCUAGAAGGCCGUCUAAUCGGAUAUCCAAGGGCUCCGAUGUGUUUGAGGAACUGGAAGCGAAACUACCGCGUAGAAGAUCUUCAUCGAAUCGAUUGUCCAAGUCGCCUGACAGUCUGGAUUCGUCUCCUGGCUGUUGGUUCUCCAAAUCUACCGAAGAAGGCUUCGACAAAUUGAUGGAGUAUGAAGAGAUCGCAAAACCAGUAGCUUCGGUCAGGAGACAACUGUUGAAUCCAAUUUCGAAAUCUACUGAUCGUGUUUCUAAAUCAUCGGACAGUUUAGAAGCGAUCGAACCGCUGGCCAGCGAUGAUUCGAUGGAACGACGACGAAGUAGUUUUGACUUCCGAGCGCGCAGAAGUUCGAAGGCGAUGUCUAAAUCGUCGGAGAGCUUUGACCUGCUUGAGCAGAAUAGCUGCGCCGGUGAAGAAAUCGGUCAAGAAUUGCAGAAGAGAAGCAGCGUGUCCGACAUCAAUUUAUCGCGCGGAAGAAGACUGUCGAAGAGCAUAUCCAAAUCGUCCGAGAACUUUGAGAGAAUCGAUAUGAACGACAUGAAGGACGAUGUCGAGGCAGAAGUGAUACUAGAUGACGACGUGCCAAAAGGUGGUAGACGAUCAAGCAAGAGAAUGUCCUCGGAAAGUUCGGAUAAUUUGGACGUGGAAGACAGGCUAGAGAACAGGAGGGUCAGAAGAACACCUAAAAGAAUACCAAGCACCAGCAUAGUGGAUAUGGUAAUUUCUGGAGAUGACCACGAGGGAGAGAAGCGACCGACUCCUACCAGAAAACCGUCAAGGCUACAAAAAUCCUCUGAAAGCUCAGAACUGGGUAGCACGGAUACCCUAGAUUCGGAGAGAAGAAAUAAGUCAUCGGAGAGCACCGAGACGUUGGAUAGUCUGGAGAAAGACUUGGAGCAGGAUAGGAAGGAAGAGGAGAUCACAGAUAGUGUGAUAGAUAGGCGUGAAAAAAAUGAUUCGUGGUCUAGCAGAAACGUACCAGCAAUUGAUUCCGAUCAAACGUCGAUGGGAGACGACACCGAAGACUCCAAAUCGCUCAUUUCCGCCGACAAUAAAUACUACUGGCGUCAAUCUUCUGAACCAGUAUCUAAGGAAAACUUAGGUAUCCAACAGUUGUUAGCCAUCACAAUAAUGACCAGGGUGACGGACAACGGAAAUAAUCAACGAGGUUCCAUCAUUUAUCCGAAGAAGAAACAAGUGAGCACGUCGCAGCCAUCCUCGCCGGUGGCCAAGCAGGAAGACACAAAGAUGCUUUUUGAUAAUUUGCUGGUGAGCAAUAAGAACGAUGAGGACCUGCAGAACAUGCUCAAUGGAAACAUAUCGGAGGUGUCUACUGACACCAAGAGUUUCAAGGAGAAGCUGAUCAUGUUCGAGAAACUCGGGAAAUGAACGCGACGCGAUAGAAUCAUUGUUUCACGAUUUUUUUUCGAUUAGCGAAUCGCUUUGUUAUAGCGGCCGAUGCUUAACGCAGGAAGAGAAAAUACGGGAAACGCGAGAAAAGAUAAACGAUCUCGUUUAGCGCUUGGUAAAUACGCAUGUUGUAGAUUAGUGUUCUCCUUAUUGGAGCUAUUUGGAUUAUAUAAAUGGAGAAAAGCAAAAGAAAUCAAGAAUUAAAUUGCAGAUAAUUAUUUUUCAUAGACAAUUUUUUUUAUCGUCCAGAGCUGUGGAUACGAAAUAAAAAAAAUC